CCGAUUCACCAAAACCACAAAAAAAAAAAAAAAAAAAAAAAAAACAAACAAACAAAAAAAUUCAAACAACGAAAAACACCCCCACGACACAGACGUCAUCUCCUCUCUCACCGCCGCCGGCAGCCGGCAUCACCGCCACCGACACAAAAAAAUGCGGCGGCAAUAAUAACCUAAUCCCCUCCAAAUCCAUAAUCCAACGGCGGCGAUGGAUUCGCAGUGGAGGGAGAAGAAGCUGUACCCGAUCGUGGGAGCAUUCGCCAUUGUCUCCCUUCUCUACCUCAACUUCAAAGACAAUCUCCAUUUCACAUUCCCGGAGGUUGUCCGCAAUCUCCCCGAGAUGGGCUUUGUCGGAGUCAACCACACGCGCUUCCUGCUCCUGGAUGACGCGGCGGCGCGUGAGUUCUACGUCAACGGGUGGAACUCCUACUGGCUGAUGGAGGAGAGCGCCCGCCGCCACGGCCCGGCGAGGCGUAGAGUUUCGGAGAUGCUGAGGAAAGGGGCCGACCUGGGGAUGACCGUUUGCCGCACUUGGGCCUUCAGCGACGGCGGCGGCGGCGGCGCCGACGCCCUCCAGCUGAAACCCGGCGUCUUCAACGACCGGGUUUUUAAGGCAUUGGAUUAUGUUGUAAUGGAAGCAAGGAGACAUAAAGUCCGACUGAUUCUGAGCCUGGUGAAUAAUCUGAAAGCUUAUGGCGGGAAAACUCAGUAUCUGCAGUGGGCAGAGGCUGUGGGAAUCAACGUUUCUUCCAAAGAUUCAUUCUUUUCCGACCCCUCCAUCAAAGCCUAUUACAAGUCAUAUGUUAAGGCUAUCUUGACUCGGAGGAAUUCCUUCACCGGAGUGAAGUAUUCCGAUGAGCCGUCGAUUUUCGCAUGGGAGCUCAUGAACGAGCCCCGCUGCGACUCCGUUUCAUCUGCCCCUACCCUUCAGGCUUGGAUCGCGGAAAUGGCAGCCUAUGUGAAAAGUUUGGAUCGAAAUCAUCUCGUAACCAUUGGCCUCGAAGGAUUUUACGCGUCAAAAUCAUCAAAAAACUACGAAACGAAUCCAGGGGACUGGGCUGCAUCCCUUGGAUCCGAUUUUCUAAACAACUCGGCUAUAAAAGACAUCGACUUCGCAUCAGUCCACGCCUAUCCGCAUAGCUGGAUUCCGGAAGCGAAGUUGGAAGCAAAAGUGAAGUACCUUUCGAAGUGGGCUGAUGCGCACAUAAGCGAUGGCGAGAACUUGCUGAAGAAGCCGGUGCUUUUCACAGAAGUAGGCGCGCUAUCGACAAUGGAGAAGGCUGGAUUGUACGAUAGAGAUGUUCUAUUUAAGACCAUCUAUGACAAAAUUUACAACUCCGCAAGGAAAAGGGGGGCCGGGGGCGGAGUUCUUAUAUGGCAGCUGUUGGUCGACGGGGUCGAGGAGUACAGCGACGAGUUCUCCUUCGUCGCAGGGACAUUCCCCUCGACGCGCAAGCUGAUUCUACACCAAUCGUGCAGGUUGCGCUAUGCGUCAAACGACACAGAACGCUGCAUUUAUACAUAGAUUGAUAGAUUCUCAAUUCAUUCUUUCAGCCACUCCAUUUCUUAAACCUUAUCAUCCAACAUAGAAGAAAACACAUACAUUAGCCCA